AUGUCAACUGCUGCUCAAGAAGAAUUUAACGACCUGGUCGCCAAGAAUACACACCGCGAAACCCUCCAUCCUGAGGACCGUGACGACCCCGACUUCAAAGAUUUAGACCUUUCAGAAGAAGACGUUUUCCGCAACGCUCAAAUCGACAACGCAAUGCGCAUGCCUACUGUUGAUCGCCUCACCGGCGCUGGCGCCUCUGAGAUCAAGCUUCCUCCUGCCUCCUUCGACAGCAACCAUGCUACCGGUGUCAAGGGCGUCAUUGCCGACGCACGAAACUACGAAGCUGCCCGCAAGAACAAGUGGCGACACCGCGUUCGCACUGCCCGCAACAGCAUCUUUGGAAUUGAGGCUCCUGCCGCCGCCAAGAGUGACACUGAGAGCAGCGAGGAUGAUGCCAAGAGUGAUGCCGACGAGGAGACAUUCCUAGCCCAAUGGAGAGAGAGCCGUCGACGUGAGCUUGAGAGUGAAGCCAGUCGAUCUGUCAGGAACCGAAGAACAAGCCCUAGUGUCCGCAUCUAUGGCCGACUGGAUGAGGUGGAUGCUCUCGGAUACCUCGAUGCCAUUGAGAAGGUUGGAAGGGAAACAACAGUCGUUGUCUUUGUCUACGACCACGAGUGUGAGGUCUCUGCCACUAUUGAGCAGGCUCUCUUGCCCAUCGUCAAGUCCAACCCUGAGGUCCACUUCGUCAAGGUCCACUACGAGGAGAUCGAGUUUGACAAUGCCGCCGUGCCCGCAAUGCUUGGCUACAGAAAUCAAGGCGACCUAUUCGCCAACCUGACAGGUCUGAUUGAGAUGAUCCCUGAUGAUGAGAGCUUCGGUACUUCAUCAUUAAAACAACUCCUCCAAAAACACACUAUCCUAUAG